AUGGAAUUCAAAUUCAAAGUCCUGUGCGGAUCACCGGAAGGGACUAUUGUGGAGAAGGUGACUACUCGGCGACUGGGCGAAAAUGAUGUCUUUAUAAAGACCACCCAUUCCGGCCUGUGCGGAACAGACGAACACUUCCUACACGGAGACCAAGCUCUUGGACAUGAGGGAGUAGGUGUGGUAAAGCACAUCGGUUCCAGCGUAACAAGUGUAAAGGUCGGUGACCGGGUUGGAUUCGGCUUUAUCCGACGUGUGUGUGGGAAAUGCGACAACUGUAUUAGUGGCUGUGACAAUCACUGCAGAUACAAGCGAGCAUAUGGCCAACAUGACUUCGACGUUGGAUCAUUUAGACACGGAACUGUCUGGAAUGCCGAUGCCCACCACUUCUAUGUGCUGGGUGCUUCGGUCUGGGCUUUUUUGACUAAUAAUGGAAUCCGCCCGUCCGAUCGUGUGGGUGUCGUGGGAAUAGGUGGUCUAGGCCAUCUCGCGAUCAAGCUUGCUGCGGCACUUGGAUACAAUGUGGUGGCGUUCUCAGGCUCAGAAAGGAAACGUGAAGAAGCGCUAGAAUUUGGAGCAUCAGAAUUUUAUCCCUUUCCCCGUAUUCAGGGGGAUGUCCGCAUUAAACCCAUCAAACAUCUUCUACUGUGUGGGAGCUCCAAUGUUGAUUAUGCCUCCCUACUUGAUUUGGUUGAUACAAAUGGGGUUAUCUAUCAUAUUUCUGUGACCCUGGAACCUACUCCUAUCCCUCUAGUUCCCUUCGGUCAGAAGGGGAUACGGAUUCAGGGAUGUUUCAUCACUUCGCGGCGCAAUCUGCAAGAGUUAUUGGAGUUUGCGGCGCGGCAUGAUCUCAAACCAACUAUUGUGACUUUUCCUCUUACCAAAAAUGGCCUUGAAGAGGCAUUCGAGGAACUGAGGGCGGGUGGUAUCCGAUACAGGGCAGUCCUGGAGCACCAGGCAUUAUAG